AUGUCAUCAAUAUUGUCAUUAAUAGCAUCGAGCAUGGUUGUGUAAUGUGUUUUUAUAAAAAUUCUUUAAAAUUCUGCAAAACCAUGACGGCAGAUAGUGAUAGCAGUGAUAAUGCGAGUGUAAGCUCUAAAGAAGAAGUAGUAGAAGAAGAAGUAGAAAAUCAAGUUGAGGAACAAAACGAGAAAGAAGAAGAAACGGUCACGUUUAAAGAUUUAGGUGUUGUCGAUGUGUUAUGCGAAGCGUGUUCAGAGCUAAAAUGGAAAAACCCGUCAAAAAUUCAAAAAGAAGCCAUUCCAGUAGCAUUGCAAGGGAAAGAUAUAAUUGGAUUAGCUGAAACAGGGUCAGGCAAGACCGGAGCUUUUGCUUUGCCUAUCCUUCAGGCCCUACUGGAGAACCCACAGAGAUACUUUGCACUUAUAUUGACACCCACUCGUGAAUUGGCAUUCCAGAUUUCCGAACAAUUUGAGGCUUUAGGAGCAAGUAUAGGUGUAAAAUGUGCUGUGAUAGUGGGAGGUAUGGACAUGGUCGCACAAGCUUUAAUGCUGUCAAAGAAACCACAUAUUAUCAUAGCCACACCUGGCAGACUGGUAGACCAUCUGGAAAAUACUAAGGGAUUCAAUUUAAAAGCUUUAAAAUAUCUUGUUAUGGAUGAAGCUGACAGAAUUUUAAACAUGGAUUUUGAAGUUGAAGUAGAUAAAAUACUGCGCGUAAUUCCACGCGAGCGUCGCACAUACCUCUUCUCUGCUACAAUGACAAAGAAAGUGCAGAAACUACAGAGAGCAUCCCUACAAGAUCCCGUCAAAGUGGAGGUGUCAACUAAAUACCAAACUGUGGAGAAACUACAGCAGUACUAUAUCUUUAUACCUGUUAAAUAUAAGGAUGUAUAUCUGGUUCACAUACUGAACGAGAUGGCGGGCAAGUCCAUGAUCGUGUUCGUGGCGACGUGUGCGGGCGCCCUGCGGGCCGCACUGCUGCUGCGAGCCCUGGGCGUCGCCGCCGUGCCGUUACACGGACAGAUGUCGCAGCACAAGCGCCUCGCCGCGCUCAACAAGUUCAAGAGCCGGAGCCGCUCUGUGCUCAUCUGCACCGACGUCGCCUCUAGGGGUCUGGACAUCCCUCACGUGGACGUGGUGGUGAACCUGGACAUCCCACUGCACAGCAAAGACUACAUCCAUAGAGUGGGACGCACGGCUAGAGCUGGUCGAGCUGGGCAGGCCAUCACCUUCGUGACACAGUACGACGUGGAGCUGUACCAGCGCAUCGAGCAGCUGAUCGGCAAGCAGUUGCCGCUAUACAAGGCGGACGAGAGCGAGGUCAUGGUGCUACAGGAGCGCGUCGCGGAGGCGCAGAGACUCACUAAAAUCGAAAUGAAGGAGCUAGAAGAAAAGAAGGGUUCGAAGCGCAAGCGCGGGGCGGAGUCGGACGACGACACGGAGGAGGCGGCGGGCGUGCGGCGGCGCCUCGGGGGCGGGGCGCGCAAGGGGCGGCGCGGCCGGCGAUGAACAUACCCUAUAUGAUAUAUAUGCCUUAUAUUACAAUACACUUUAAUUUUAUAUUAUUUUAAUUUAACAUGCUUAUUUUCAUUAUUGAAAUUAUUUUGAAACGGGAUAUUUACCAUGUUUUUUAUUUUUAUUUUGCGGAGCUCAAUAUUUCGACAUUCGAUGCAUCGUUUAUCGAUAAAGUUGGUUUACGGACGAUAGUUUAACGUGACAAC